AUGAUGGUGGAGAUCAUUGGAGGACUCCUUGCAAAUUCUCUGGCCGUCAUAACGGACGCAGCACACAUGCUGUCCGAUGCUGGUGGUUUCAUUGUCUCUCUGGUUGCACUGCAACUAUCUAAAAUGGAGGCAACAAAAGAGUACACAUAUGGAUACAAGCAGGCAGAAGUUCUCGGUGCGCUCUUGUCAGUGGCCAUCGUCUGGGCAUUGACAGCAGUUCUGCUUUGGGAGGCAAUGCCGAGAUUCUUCCGGCCGGAGCCAGUGAACGGCAAGCUAAUGUUUAUCAUUGCCGCCAUCGGUUUCGGUGUUAACCUGCUACUGUGGAAGGUGUUGGGACAUGGGCAUUCGCAUGGCCAUGGUCAUUCACAUGCAAGCGACAGUGUUGCGGUGGACGCUGCUCUAGCCCACGUCAUCGGCGACAUGGUGCAAUCAUUGGGAGUGUGUGUAGCUGCGCUUUGCAUCUGGCUUGAGCCAUUCAACAUUGGAACGACGCCGAUUGAAAAUGGAGAGGUGAGUAAUUGGAUUUAUGCCGAUCCUCUUUGCACGUGUCUGUUUGGGGUCAUCGUGCUGUACACCACCAGGUCAACUAUGGUACGCACGGUGGAGACACUUUUGGGCAAGGCCCCUGAAAACAUUGAUCAGGACAAGCUUUCAGCCGCCUUGGUGAAAAUCCAGAAUGUCAAGUCCAUUCACGAUCUUCACGUCUGGACUUUGGGAUCCAGCCAAGUCUUCUGCACUGCCCACUUAGUUGUUGAUGCACCGAAUCAUCAAGGCAAGGCUCUUUGUGAGGCGAUAUCAGUAGUAAAGCGUGCUGGAAUCGGGCACAGUACAUUCCAGAUGGAGGUGGUGGGAGAGAUUGUCGCAGAGAAUUGUGGAGGCUGCGAUGAUGCGAGCCCGAAAAGUGGCCAUAACCGCAGUCAUGAUCAUGACCAUGAUCAUAGCGGACAUGCAGCCGAAAGUCAUAAUUCUGAGCACGAGCCCUGUCAUGGGCACGGUGGCCAUGGUGGAGCUCAUGGUCAUGGGCACGAUGCGGCGCAUUCCCAUGCAGACCAUGCGGGGAACUCUCACGGACACGGCCAUGCAUAG